AUGGCGCAGCAAGACCCGGUUGAUAUAGCCAUCGCGGCUUUGGAGGAUGUACGGCAGCACGAAGAGAGUCUCCGCAAGAAAGCGGAAGAAUUCCCUCAUCCCACCAAACCCGCAAGAGACCUGAAAGCAGCAGUUGAGAACAUAUACGGACUACGAACUGGUCAAGCACAGCACAAGUCGACGGAUCUGGUCAAAGUGUCUACCUUAUCUGCAGCUCAGAUCAAGAUGAUCGCAGACACGUGGAAGAACAUUACAAACGAGGCUGUCAAUGAGUCUCGAAAGCGCCGCCUUCACUCGUGGUCGGCUGGCGAGAUCGUCGGCUGCGCUUCCACUAGGGUGACGCUUGGCAAGAGGACACAGUGGCAUGGCGAGCCUUGGGUGGCGUGUCAGCUCGGUCGCGAUGCGACACAGCCUUGCUUUCGGAAUGGUGCUGGGAUGAAGUAUUUUGUGGUACUUCCUGGCAGUAAGAAGAAGGCUGAGAAAGGGGAAGAGUUCCAUUACUUCUGA